UUGCGGCCUGCUUUCUUCAGUCUAUCCACAAAUAGACAGAUUAGUUUCUGUGAUGGACAACCUAAGUCAUGGAUUUGCUUACUCGCCCGAUGGUCGACAGCAUGUACAACAAGAAUCGACCAAUCAGACUCAGGAUGACAUCAACCAGUCACUUCUCCAACAUGGCAUCCCAUACACGCAGUUGAUGACAGGGAUGCCGCUGUCAUCUGAAAACAUUUCCUUCACUGGACCCAAUCAGUUUGGCUCUGCUAGAUUUCCACUGGGUUUUUCUCAGAACAUCGCACCUCAGGGCUUCCCGCACCUGAUGCCGCAGUCUCAGUUGUGUCAAAAUCUAGAGCUGGAGAUGUCGCAGAGACAACCUAGACCCAGUCAGACUCUCAGACACCAGUCCCACGGCCAGUCCCUCUCGGGGUUUGGUCUUGAUAUGUCCCCAGUUACUGGCCCGGCAUUUCCAUCUCCGUCAGAAUCUUCCAGAAGACAUGGAGUGGAUCAUCUUCCAAGUUUCAGUUCCAUAGUGGCCUCGGCAGCAUCCAGCAUUUCCACAAUGGAUAUGCAAAGAUCGUACAGUGACUCUCAUAAACAACAGAUGCUUUCCUCACCACACGAGUUGACGACAGCAUCUUUGAGGAAUAGUUUAGUUUCAGAUCCACAACCAUUCCACAAUUUGCCACCGGUGCAAAGCUUUCAACAUCAGGAGAACACUAGGCCAUCCCAUCUGUCAUCCAUGGAUAGUCAUAGAUUGGAUAUGGCAUCAGAGCAGAAGUCUUUGCCUUCUCGGGGUCCAUAUGACACAUACACUGGAGUAGAUGUUCAUUCAAAACACCAUCAGUCUGGAAAUACAAAUAUCAAUGGUGAUGCUCCAUCCCCGCCACUGAGUCCAGUCAAACAGCAGCAGACGUUUUCAGAGAUCUCAAACUCAAGUCGGAAUAACGAUUCACAGAAUAGUCGAUCUAUGGCAAAACAUAUGCAGAAUGCUAACAGGGAACAUGGCGUUCACUUAAAUAUGUCAGAAAAACCUUCACUGGGCAGCUCUCCAGAAGCAGAUUAUAUUCAAAGAUCUGUCCCUGCAACCCCCAACAGAUCAUCCAAUAAUAAUUCUUCCCAGGUGAGAUUCCUCAACAAAUUUACUCCUUCUGCAAUCAAGAAACAGAACACUGGCAGAGGUGCAAUAAAGUUCAUAUUAGCAGGACGGUUGGAGGGUGAGAAAUAUUCACCAAACUUGAACACUGACUUAAACUGGUCAUCUGUUUAUAUUCAAGAAACAUUUUCCAGAGAUACCCGAACCAUUGCCAUUCAGACUGGUGUGGAGAAUGAGAUCACGUCACAAACCAUCAAACAGGAAGUGGACAACGAGUGGUCUGCGUCUGAUAACGAUGAUCCCGUGGAAGUUGAGGACAAGAGUCUGAACGUCUAUCAUUCCAGGAGCAUGGUCCCAAACCCCGACCCAGCCGCCAAGAGUGAGAGGCUGGAGAUGGCGUACGACAAUCCGAGUCAGUUGCUGUCUCCGACCUUCAACACUGGAGUUUUCAGGAUGGGCAGGAAUGGUCUUGGAGCUGCUGAAAACGGCAUCAGUCAAGCCGAGGACAGACGAGAGUUGUCAUCAGAACACGAAGUAGAACAGAACAAUCAGGCAGAAACGAGAUACAACUCUGCUACUCUGAAUAACAGUUUAGCCCACAAUGAAAAUUUCUCUGAGAAAGAUAUUGCUAAUGAAACAAUUGACGAGGAACAGCGGGAAGCCAUCUUCCAGGCGACUAAAGAGAAGCUGGACAUGGAGAGGAUGGAGGUGAACAUCCAGAUCGACGAGACCCAGUGUGUGCUCAUCAAUGACCAGAAGCGCUGGCAGUGCCGGCUGUGUGCCAAGAACUACACCACCAAGCACAACCUUGUCACGCACGUCCUCGACCACAACGGCAUCAAGCCGCACCUGUGUCGUGUGUGCGGCAAAUACUUCAAGCAGCUGAGUCACCUCAACACCCACAUGCUCACCCACGACAACGUGAAGCCUCAUGUCUGUACAAUCUGCUCCAAGGGAUUCACACAGGUCAGUCACUUGAAGCGGCACCAGGCUGUACACCUGGGAGACAACAAGCCGUACAAGUGUGAUGUGUGUGGGCGGGGCUUUGCAUACCCGAGUGAGCUGCGGGUGCACAAGGAGCGGCACGUGCCGGGGCGGGACAAGUGUGUGGAGUGUGGUGAGGAGUUCGGCAGUCCUCGGCUCCUCAAACAACACCAGGCGACUCAUGAGGAUCGUGAAGAUCUAAACUGUGCAGACUGUGGGCGUGGCUUCCGUUACCCAAGUCAGCUGCGAGAUCACAUGAUGUGCCACUCAGGGACCCGUCCUCACAUUUGUCCCGAAUGUGGCAUGGAUUUCAUGAAGGAACACCACCUGCGAGCGCACAUGUUCACCCAUUCGGGCCUGCGCCCGUACACGUGUAAGGAGUGCGGCCGCUCGUUCAACCAGAAGGCGAACCUCCAGCGCCACCAGCUCAUCCACAGCUCGGAGCGCGCCUACAAGUGCGAGCUCUGCGACAAGACCUUCACCCAACCACAGACGCUGAAAGCUCACAUGGUCGUACACGCCGACAAGAAACCAUACCAGUGCAAUCUGUGUGGAAAAGAAUUUGGUCGAUUACACAAUCUCCAAGGUCACAUGCAUAUGCACACUGAUUCAAAACCUUACGCCUGUUUCUGUGGGAGUGCAUUUACUCUUAAAGGGAACUUGAACCGACACAAGAAAGUGAAGCACGGACUGGACGAGAGUACGGAGAGCAUGGAAGAGGAAGCGGUCAACUUCCUGAGCUCGAUGGAGCGCGCCCGCGAGGACCGUGAGGAUGACUAUCUGGACAUGGAGGAUCGGUGCGACGGGGACCCUAACGACAGUCUCCUCGACGACUCGCUGCAGGACGACUCGCGCUUCGAACGCAAACAGCGCAAGUCGAAACCCCGCAAAGUCCUUCAGCAAUCGGGAUCGGAUAACGCUGCUGGUGGCGGAGGUGAUGGCGACACGGCUCCUGAUUCAGAAGUGAAAGACAAUAUUCAGCAUAAUUUAAAUUCUGACGAUCAUGGGGAGGAGGAGGAGAGAGGCCGACCGACGAGAAAUGCCAAAAGGAACUGGGAGGCGGUGUGUUCGUCCGAUAAUGAUGAGGAGUAUUCGGGACUGCAUGUCAAGUUUCGGCAGAGCACGAGGCAGGUGGCAAAGUUGCGUGAUUUUAAAGAGGAAUUUGAUAGCUGUCCGUCGGAUUCAGAAGAGGUUGUUAACGACGAUGGGAAUGAUAACGAUUGGGUGCCGGUGAAUCCUAGGAAAGGUCGCAAAUUGAGCAAAGGAGCCAAGCUCGACUCGAUUAUAGCAGAGAAAUUUUUAAAAGAGUGAUUUUUUAAAGUUUUCAUACCUCUGCGUUUAUAAUUAUAAUUAGUGUCUAACUAAUGUUAAAGGCAUACUGUCACAGAUUUAAGGAUCUUAUUUCUCUAAAAAUGGAUAAUAAAUAAAAAUUACAUUAAUUGUUGGAAACCAAAUCCAGCUAUUGCAUCACCUUAACUGAACAAUGAUGGCAUGAAAUCCAUGUCAACUAAGUUGAACAAACGAAUAUUGUUCAUGAUUGGGUGAAUUGUUGAGCCAACUUAAAGUCCAGAUAUCAAAUUGGUGUUUUCAUUCAGAACACUGGCAUAGCUAGUGUGGGGGGUGCAUGAGGUCCAUGUCCCCUUCAGUCAUACCUCUUCUUUUUUCCCCCCACCUUUUAUAUUUGCCUGUCAUUCUACAACACAGGUAAAAUCACAGUGUGAGUGAGUUCUUCAUCCCCCACUAUAAAAUCCUGGUUAUGCCAGUGAUUCUGAAAUAUCUUUACCAAAUUGAAAUUCAGUUCAUAUUUUAUUAAAAGCAGUUUAAACGGUGUCCAGCACUCAGUAUUGAUGAAUAUAAAGAAAAUUAAAUUGUAGCCGAGUACAAAGAGAAAAGUUGUAUUAUUACUAUUACGGGCAAGGUCAUAUUGAAUGACCUAACAAACAUUGCGUUAAAAUAUAUAUAUUUAAUUUGUCCCCAAAAUGUCAGCUUGAAUAUGAAGCUAAGUCACAUUCCUUGAGUGAUGGUAUAUGGAGCUGUAUGGGUUUUUAUACUUUUUUAUUUUUAAAGAAACGUGUUUAAAGCUUUGCAUAAAUAUAUGUGUUGAAAGGUUUAAGAAGCUAGUUUCACAAAACAUAAGUUUACGCGCCCAGCAGUUAUAUAUAUUGUACAGUUACAUGUGUUUGGCAUCUAUUUUAUGCAGAAAAUUACAUCUUUGUACAUCAUUAAGGAAGAUGGAAUAUUUAAAGGUAAAAGUAAAUGAAGUAAAUGUUUACUUCAAACUAUAUUUGUUGUACUUUAAUAACAAUAAGAAUUGUGAUUUAGUCGUAGAUUUAUGUUUACAUGCCAGUGUUCAAAAUAAGCACUUAUCCGUUUGUCCUGACAAGUGAUAAUCUGCUGGGACAAGUAAAAUGUACAUCAGUGGUUGUCCAGUGGACAAGUAAAAAUUUAUAAUACUGUUUAAUUUCAAGCAUUCAAAAACAUUGUUCUUGCACUUGAAUAAAACAAACAACUUAUUUGGACAAGUGAAAAUAUUGGCAGACAGGUAGAUUUCUAGAUGUACUUGUCUGGUGGACUAGUGAAAAAUUCUGCUUAUUCCUAUCACUGCAUGCAAAACUAGACUUAAAUGUUUUGUGAAAUUGGUCCCAGUUCAUUAAAGUAAACAAUAGUAUAAUUAUAUUAUGGUAGAACUUGCCUUGUAGUUGUAAGAUCUUUUUCUGUUUUGCAUUAAAAAAAAAAUGUUUCCAGUUAUUACUGGUACAAAAAGCAGCAUGACAAAAAACACUGGUUUUUACCAAAGUUGAUUUUUAGUUCUCUACCAGUCUAACCGGAGGAAACUAUAGGUUUAGUUACUGUUCAUCUGUCUGUCUGUCUGUCUGUCUAAAACAUAAUGUUAAUAUCUGAUACUGUACCAAUAAGUGAAUACAACACCACUGGUAACAAUGAAGAAUUUGUGUGAGCUUUAUGGAAGCACUGAUGGCAAAGUGUCAUUUAUUAGUUACCUACUGGUCCAACCAGUGGUGACUAUAUAGGUUUCGUCCCCAUCGCACUGUCUGUCUGUCUGUCCAUUUGUCCCACACCAUAGUUUUUCAGAUAGUUUUUUUUUUUUACAAUGCUUUAAGAUAAUGAGCUGAAAUUCUGUGUAUAUCUUUAUUAUACAUGUACAGUUACAGGUCAAGUUUGACAUUCAUGUGGAUUUACCCAUUUGUGACAGAGUUAUAAUGAGAUCAAAUUUGACUUUUGUGGUAAUUUAUUUAAGGGCUAUAACCGUUAAAAAUAAAACUUGUUCAUGUUUGAUAUGGUUAUGGCCCUUGAACUUAGAAAAUUUGUGGGGCUUGGUACAGGACUUAAAAAGAAUACCCAACGUGCUAUGAAGCAAUGCCAUUUAUCUUGCACACAAGUGAAUUGAUGUUGUCCUUCCCGAGCCUUUGGCAAUGGAAGGACAACAUUAAUUCACGAGUGCAUAAUAAACGGUACUGCCUAUAGCGAGUUGGGUAUUUUAUUUAUAACACAUUAUCAAUCUUUAUCAUUUUAUGGAAUAUUUUCAAACGAUACUAUUAUUGAAAACACGUUUGCAAGUUGAGAACAAGAAACAACAGCGUUGCAUCAUAGAGGUGACAUAUGUAUCGCUGAUGGCAUAAGUUAAUUGUUGACACGACUGUCACCAUGAUGGUUGUUUGUUGUUGACACGACUGUCACCAUGAUGGUUGUUUGUUGUUGACACGACUGUCACCAUGGUGGUUGGUUGUUGUUGACACGACUGUCACCAUGAUGGUUGUUUGUUGUUGACACGACUGUCACCAUGAUGGUUGGUUGUUGUUGACACGACUCACCAUGAUGGUUGUUUGUUGUUGACACGACUGUCACCAUGAUAGUUGGUUGUUGUUGACACGACUGUCACCAUGAUAGUUGGUUGUUGUUGACACGACUGUCACCAUGAUGGUUGGUUGUUGUUGACAUGACUGUCACCAUGAUGGUUGUUUGUUGUUGUCUAACAGUAAAGCACUGAUUAUGACAUCAAAACGUAUCUAGGGGAAGCCUUUUUUUUUCUUUCCCUUGGGAAAGAUAAUUUUUCUUUACCCACUUCUCUUUGUCCAUAUGGGUAGUAAAUGUUUUGCAUUAACAGUACUCUCAGAAUUCUUGUUAAUUAUGUCCUGUCUGUGGAAAUGUGCUCAUAAAAGAUCCCUUGCUGCUGUUGAACAAAUAUAGCUGGUUUCAUCUGAAUUACCCAAUGUUUAGCAUCC